AUGAGCGCCUGGAACGAAGCACACGAUCCCGAGGGUCGCUUGUACUAUUAUGAUGCAGAAUCUGGAGAAACGACAUGGGAAAAGCCACGCGAAUUGUUCACGGAGCUUGAGUUGAAACUCGAUCGACACGGGUGGAAAAUCGCCAAAACCGAGGAGGGUCAAGUGUACUACUACAACCAAGCAUCCGGAGAGUCCAGCUGGGAAAUACCAACAUUUGAAGAACAAGCGCAAGUGGAGCCGUCAGAGCUCCAGGAACAAGCUGAGGAUCAACUUACGAAGGCUGAUACUUUAGCGAAGCCAGAUACACAGCAGUUGGAACCUGUACAAGACACGAAGUCCUACGCUCUUAGAUCAAAGCUUGUCGAAGCCACAGCAAAACCGAAGCUUGAAGCUGAGCACAUUUUCCUUCAAAUGCUUAAGGACCACCAAAUCGAUUCCACUUGGUCCUUCAACAAAAUUAUAUCCGAACUCAGCUGUUCCGAUCCCCGUUAUUGGUGUGUAGAUGAUGAUCCACUAUGGAAACGGCGAAUGUUCGAGCAGUAUCUCUCUAAUAGAUCUGAAGAUCAGCUGCUAAAAGAGCACUCCGCUGUUAAUAAGUUCAGAGACGCAUUUUGGGCCAUACUAAAUCAAACCUCUCAAAUACAUUACUUUACCCGUUGGGUUACUGCCAAGCGGGUCUUCGCCAACGAGCCAAUUUACAAACACUCAGUGGUGAGUGAAAGGACUAAGCGUAAUGUUUUUCAAGAGUACGUGGAUGAUCUCCGCAACAAGCAUUUUACCAGUUUGCAGAAGACUAAGGAACAAGCACAUUCAGAACUGCAAGAUUACCUGCUAGCCAUAAUGCCGGGAAAAGCGGAAUUGAUAUCAUGGGAAGAUUUAUCGACUAAGCACCUCUUCGAGAACAGCACUCGAUUUACUUCCAAUCGCCACUUCCAAACGUUAUCCAAGCAUGAUGUUCUAAAACAAUACAUUACCAUAGUGGAGACAUAUUCCAAGCAUACUGAGGAAGAACUCAGUUCGGUGAGAUCUGUUAAUUAUACAAAUGAUCGGAAAGCUAGAGAUCGAUUCAAGCAGCUACUGGAUGAGCAUAGCAAAUCAAUACGAUGCAACUCAAAAUGGGAGGAACUAUAUCCAAAGUUCAGGUCAGAUUCAAGGCUGCAUGCACUUUUGGCAAGAAAAGGGUCCUCACCUUUGGAUCUAUUCAUGGAUUUUGUCGAAGAAAAGGCCAUGAUAAUGAAAGCCCAUAUGAGCAUUGCAAGUCAAAUCUUAAUUGAAAAUAAUUACGAAUGGGAUAUGGAUCGUGAAAAGAACGUCGAGAAGCUCACCGAUUUGAUGAAGGUGAACCAUCAACUGUCAGUGAUGGACAGCGUUGACUGUCAAAUACUGGUUUCCAAACUCUUAGUCGACCAUGAGCAAAAGUUAAAACAACAGGCCGAGGUAGAAAAAAGGUUGCUCGAACAAAGAAAACGGUAUUUCACACUCUUGCUGCAUAGAGUCUUUUCGCAGUCGAAUCCGAAACCAAACACCUUUGAGGAAGCUUGCGAAGUGCUGAAAGACUACCCCGAAUUCAAGGACCUGGCCGAUGACGAGGUAAAGAAACAUCUAUUCGAGGCUUUCGAGCCAAACAAAGCAGGACCAGAACUCUUGAGUACAUCCUCAGUCUCCACGGUGCCUCAGGCAUCAAAACUACCCAAAAAACGUCAACUGGCUCCAGUUGAGCUAGACUACUAG